AAAAACAAGUUUCGUUCAGGCAGGAUCAUGGUGGAAUCAGCGCCAUUAAUUUUGAGUGUAGGAAGAAGAAGAAGCUUUGACCCUUUCUUCUGCAGUUCUCCGGUACAGAACAAAUUUCACUCACCAUCACCAACGGAUCUUCAGAUCGCCGAUUCCCAUGGUGUUCGCUUUGGGAGCUUUUUCCCCCAUCAUCUGUGCCAGCCGCAUUCCCGCCGCCGCCACCGCCACAAAUCCCAGCUCCACCUCCCACUUCUUUGAAGCCACCUUCGUCCGUCGUGCCGUCGAGAUUUCCGACAAGUCCGCCGGAUUCACCGCUCCCCAUCCCAACUAUGGCUGCAUCAUUACCACAUCAUCGGGCGCGGUCGCCGGCGAGGGUUUCCUCUACGGUCAGGGCACCAAACCCGCCGAGCUCCAAGCCGUCGAGGCCGCCGGUGAGCUGUGCCGUGGAGCUACCGCGUUUCUUAAUUUGGAGUCCAGUGACUGCCCCAGCGACAACACUGCGGUGGCUGCUUUAGUCCAGGCAGGGAUUGAAAGGGUAGUUGUUGGAAUGCGGCAUCCUUUGCAACACCUAAGAGGAAAUGCUGUGAGGGCUUUAAGAAGUCAUGGAGUUCUCGUUGAUGUUCUUGGAGAGGACCUAAAGAGCAGAGCCGUUGAGGAAGCUCGAAAAGCAUGCCUCCUCGUUAACGCUCCAUUGAUCUGUAAAGCUGCAUCACGAGUGCCUUUCUCUGUACUUAAAUAUGCCAUGACCCUUGAUGGGAAAAUUGCUGCAAGUAGUGGUCAUGCAGCAUGGGUUAGUAGCGUUACUUCUAGGCACCGGGUUUUUGAGUUACGAGGAAGAAGUGAUGCUGUUAUAGUAGGAGGCAAUACAGUACGCAGGGAUGAUCCCAGACUGACAGCAAGACAUGGUGGUGGGCACAUUCCUCUCCGUGUUGUGAUGUCAAGGACACUUGAUCUUCCUGAAGUAGCAAAUGUUUGGGACACAAGAGGCAUGGCAACAAUGGUUGUAACACAAAGGGGUGCUAAAAGGAGUUUCCAGAAACUGCUUGCAUCAAAAGGAGUUGAAGUAGUGGAGUUUGAUAAUCUAAACCCUCGAGAUGUAAUGGAAUAUUUUCAUGAUCGUGGAUUUCUUUCAAUUUUGUGGGAGUGUGGAGGGACCCUUGCAGCUUCAGCCAUUGCAUGUGGAGUAAUACACGAGGUUUUUGCAUUUGUUGCUCCUAAGAUUAUUGGGGGGAGGAAUGCGCCUUCUCCUGUUGGUGAACUUGGGAUGGUUGAGAUGUCUCAAGCUUUGGAACUAAUUGAUGUUCAAUAUGAGAAGGUUGGAAAGGACAUGUUAAUUAGUGGAUUUCUUCAACCGAUAUCAGAUGUUGCUCCAGUCAUCCCAUCAUGUGAUGAAACCUUUGCAAUUGACCCGACAGUUACUCCCUAUGAGUCAAAUAUUAUAUUCUUUUACAAAACAUGGGAUCCUUAUGGCGCUUUUUCAAACUUUUCACGUCACCCAAUUCAUCUCGCAGAUGAAAAUGGUAAUGACUGCACUUGGUUGACUGUAGAGCAUUAUUAUCAGGCUCACAAAUUUGUGGGUGUUGAUGAUCCAGUAGCUCAGGAUUGUGUGGAAAAGAUCAAAUCAGCAAGAAGUCCAGAGGAAGCAGCAAGGAUAGGAAGGUCAAUGCAGAAGCAGCACCCUAAAAUGAUAAGAUCUGAUUGGCGAACUGCGAAACUCAAUGUUAUGUACCGAGCAUUGAAAUGCAAAUUUUCAAGUUACCCUCACUUGAAAUCAAUGCUGCUAUCAACUGCUGGAUCUGUCCUCGUCGAAGCAUCACCACAUGAUCUCUUUUGGGGCGGAGGCCGAGAUGGAGAAGGUCUUAACUACCUCGGAAGACUUCUCAUGCAGUUGAGAGCCGAGUUCCUUGGUCAGUCUUCGACACCAAACAGGAGCAGCACGGAGUUCAAUUAACAUAGAGAACAAGAAAGAAGAUCAACAAUCACAGGAUUAAAGGUAUUAUAUAGUUCAGAAUUCAAUGAGCAAUUUCCUCAUUCUGACCCCAAAAUACAGUCUGAUUAUCUGUAGGCAGCUAAUACUGCCUAUUGUAAUUUACAUCUUUUCAAAUAAUGAAAUAAAAAGAGGAAAAUGCUCUGUCGCAGAUUUUAAAUACUGGGCAGCCUCUUGUUUUAUUACAAACUUGUAUGUUGGAACUUUUGAGCUGUUUUUAUUUUCCCUUUUUUUGAGGUGAGGACAUUGUUAAUGACUGAAUAUUUUCGUAUUUAUUCUAUUUUGAGAUUUACUCUA